CGCCAUCGCAGUGCGCGGCGACAGCAGCGAGUGGUGGUCAAUGGCCGCAGCGGAGCCGGCGGCGAGGAAGCGGCGGCCCAAGGGGCACUUCGCGGCAGGGCGGGCCAAGAGGCCCCGCGGCGGCGGGAGGCAGCUGGAGGCCGGCAUGCGCGGCAUCCUCAUCACCUGCAACAUGAACGAGCGCAAGUGCGUGGGGGAGGCCUACAGCCUCCUCGGCGAGUACGGGGACCUGCUGUACGGGCCUGAACAGUUUUCAGAUCACGAGGAGCGGCUGUCUGGGAGUGAGAGGGAGGAGGAUGAGGAUGAUGUUGAGGCAGCCCUGAAGAAGGAGGUCGGCCAGAUCCGUGCCUCGACAGAGCAGAAACUGCGGCGGUUCCAGUCGGUGGAGAGUGGUGCUAAUAACGUGGUCUUCAUCAGAACCCAGGGCAUUGAACCUGAGAACCUGGUGCACCAUAUAUUAAAGGAUAUGCAUGCCACUAAAAAGAAGAAAACAAGAGUCAUCCUGAGGAUGCUGCCCAUUUCUGGGACUUGCAAGGCUUUUAUGGAGGAUAUGAAAAAGUAUACUGAAACAUUUUUUGAGCCUUGGUUUAAAGCCCCUAAUAAGGGUACUUUUCAGAUUGUUUACAAAGCUCGUAAUAACAGUCACAUGAGUAGGGAAGAAGUAAUUAAGGAAUUAGCAGGAAUUGUGGGCAGCCUCAAUCCAGAAAACAAAGUCGACCUUAAUAACCCACAAUAUACAAUUGUGGUGGAAAUAAUAAAAACCGUCUGUUGCUUGAGUGUGGUGAGAGACUAUGUCCUGUUCAGAAAAUACAAUCUACAGGAGGUGGUGAAGAGCAACAAAGAAGACAAACAACAAAACCCAUCAAGUCUGACAGAAGAACAGAACUCCAAGGUAGUAAAAUCAGAAGCUGAGGGGGAGGAGAAAAGCUCAGAAGAAGUAAAACUAGAGAACAAGAAUCAAGGUGAAACAGAAGCUGAGCCCAAGGGGAAUGAUACGCUGGCAGUGUAAAAAGAGUGACAGAAGGGAAAGAUAAACACAAUCCAAAAUAAGAGUUGCCCUAGAGUUCUGAAAGGGUGUUUUUAAAGAGGAGAGUGGUUUUGUUUUGAAGUCUUGUUUUUAAAAUCCACAUGUGUAAGAAUUCAAUGCUUGUUGCAGGUGGAGCUGACAUUACAACAUAUGCAAGAGUGCUCACCUUCCUGGUGAAGCUUGCUGUCAUUCUUUUACAGCUUUGUUCUGCAAUGCCUUUACGUAGUACAAAAAGCAGGAGUGUGUGCAUGGCAUAUGUAAAUGUGGCCAUCCUGACAUACAUUGACUCUCCUUUGUUAUAUCUGAUGGCUACAGAAGUGAAAAGGCAGUGCAGAGUCAGCUCUAUCAGGAAGUAUUGAUGAAAGUGAGAGAUCUGAAAAAGACAGUUGAUUACAGAGUGGUUUUAAGGAUGUGGUCUGACAACUUGUGUGACUGCAGAACUCAUACAGUUUUCUGUGUGAACAACAGAAUGAGCUAAAUCUGAUCAUUUCUGGUAUGAUGGAGGGUUAUAUACAUAUAUAUGUAUAUAUACAGACACAUUGAUCUACAAGGAUAUGCUAAGUCUUGAAAGUAAAUGGGAAGAACUGCUAUCAUCAAAAUACUUGAAUAUUAUGAGACUAUUUACAGUAAUAGAUUUGACUGUUCUAGGACAGUAGAAGUAUAGUGCAGGCAUUGCAGAUGGUUUUAGCAAAAACUACAUGUGUUUACAUUAGCUGUGUAUACAGCAGUUACUGGUUUGUAAGAAAUGUUGUAGUCGCUGAACAGACUCCUGAGUAAUUUCCUGCAGCAGCCUUUGCUGCUCUUUCCAAAGGCUUAAUCCUUGGGGGUGUUUAUGAAGUCUUUUUUUGUUUUGUUUUUAUUUUUUAUUUACGUCUCAAAACUCGAAUUUAAAUACUGCUUGGGAACUUCUUAUGAAAGAAGCUUCCAUUCGACUAUACUGGAUAAAGGGAAUUAAGCUUAUUUUUUGGUACAGUUUUAGCCUUACGGUAUUAAUUUUGUUUCAGAUUGAAAGUAAUGUUAGUGAGUCUGUCUGUUGCCUGUUUGUUACAGCAGCUCUUUUGAUAUCCCAGUGACUUAAAAAACAACCAAAGCCAGUGCAUCUAUAACUUGCUUUCCAAUAGGGUUCUGAGUAUGCUUCCUGUACAACUGUCUAGCUUCAGUAUUUAAUUUCUGGCAUAAAAGCUUGUGGGUUGCCAGUGGGAAAAGACUCAUCUUGAAGAACACGGCUUGUUACUUGUCUUGGUUUAAUGAAAAGGAUUUGUAAAAGUCUCUCAACAGUGUUGAAUUUGUAUUUUCCUCUUCUCAAAAUUCUUUCAGAAGCUGGAAAAUUAAGACAGCUCUUUUCCCCAGUCCUCUUUCCCUUACCACCCAUUUAUUAAAACUCUGCUUUCUUACCUCCA